AUGAAAAGAAAAGUGGAGAUUACAGCUGCGGUCUCUGACCCGUUUUCCCUUGAAAAUGCUGGUUGCGUCACCAAGACCACCUCUAUGCAAAGUUCAAGUUGCGACAUGAAGAAAGAGCUGCGAAAGAGAGUGCGUCAGGCUCUACGAAGCUUCACUUCCGAGAACUAUCUCUCGCAAGGAAAAGAUUUGCAGCUUCAUUUUCUCGCGAGCGAAACGUACAAAAACAGCAAGGGUUUGGGCAUCUACUUGCCGAUGCGUCGCGCUGACCGGCGUGAAGCACCAACAGAGCUAAUUGUAGCCUUUGCGCUUCUGCGGGAUAAGAAGCGGGUCUUCGUUCCAACGGUGUCACCUGUCUUGUCUGAGAAAGGACCAUCUCCUCAUGAAAACGCUGCCGAAAGAAAUGAAAUUGGUUUUGUGGAACUCGAGCAAUGCCCUUCAUCAGAUGGAGAAGUUUUAGGAGACGAUGAAGACGCCGCGCGUUUGCUUGAGGCUUUCGAGAAAACAGUUUUACAGCAUUUGCCUCUUUCCAAUUACGGCAUACCCGAACCACCUCUCGACUUGCGCACUCCCGAAGGACUGGCUAAGAAUUCCGAAGCCGUGGCUACUAUGGACGUCAUAAUCGUGCCGGGGGUUGCUUUUUCAACGCGCACAGGAGGCCGCAUUGGUCAGGGUGCUGGGUUCUACGAUCGAUUCGUUGCAACGCACUAUAAUUACAAAAAGCAAUCUGAUGAAGACAACAGAAACACAACACGGGCGAAACUUAUUGGCUAUGGCUUAGAUGUACAAAUGAUUUCUGACUUUCCUACAGGUCUGGAACAAGAGUGGGACCAGCCACUCGACCACUUGAUAAGCCCCUCCGGGUGGCUGAUGUAGCCACGAG